AUGAGCAGCAGCGGUGUAGAUUCCAACAACCCUAAUAUCAUUAUCACUAGCGGCCACCCCAUUUCUACAAUUUCCAAUGCCACCACCAGCACCACCACUAGCAGUGACAGCGCCACCAGUAACGGCGGCGAUAACAGCAAGAGUAACAAGAAAGGUAAAGGUAAAGGAGGCCCGGAUAAUGGGAAGUUUAAGUAUAGAGGAGUGAGGCAGCGGAGCUGGGGUAAGUGGGUGGCUGAGAUCCGUGAGCCAAGAAAGCGAACUCGGCGGUGGCUCGGAACGUUCGCCACAGCGGAGGAUGCAGCCAGAGCCUAUGACCGUGCAGCCGUUAUACUAUAUGGGUCAAGGGCUCAGCUUAAUCUACAACCCUCAGGUGGCAGCGGAAGUGCAAGUGGCGAUGGCGGUAGUGGUGGCGCAUCUAAUCAAUCCUCUUCCCGUUCUUCUUCCACUCAAACCCUUCGUCCUUUACUGCCUCGCCCAUCUGGGUUUGGCCUCACAUACUCAACUCCACCACUUCCACCACCUGUCGCCUCCGUAGGAGGCGUUGGAAAUUAUGUACCGUACGGCUUUUACUCGAUCGAACAGUACCCUAACAUAGUACAUAGUGCACAAAACCUAGGACUAGGGCAUCAAAGGUACGGACCAAGUGACGUGAAGAAUAUUGAUGCUGGACCCACAAUUCCUAACCCUAACAAUCAUCAACAGCAGAAUUUUCAAGAUUUCCACUCUCAGCAUCGACAGAACAACUGUCAGUACGAUCAAAUCAACUCAAUUACAACUGUUGGGCCAAGCUUUACUCUGGCUAACACUGAACCCGUGGUGGCGCCUGAUGUUUCAGAUCCGGUGGUAUCGUCUGUGACUGGUUGCGCCGCCUCUCCGUUAUGGCCGUUGACUAAUGAUGAUGAGUAUCCAACAACUAAUAUUUGGGACUAUGGCGAUCCAUUCUUUUUCGAUAUUUGA